AUGUUGCUUACUGCCAUCCUUGUUCCUUCCCUUAAGGUUGUCGCUGUUAACAUCUUGCAUCAUGCACUGUGUAACAACAGUAGUCUAAGAAAGAGCAUUCAGAAAAGAAGCAGCCAGGGUCAAGAUCAGAAACUGCUGGAUAGUCUACGUCCUUUGCGUCGCACAAAGAGAAGAUGGGUUAUUACAACCUUGGAACUUGACGAAGAAGACAAAGGACCAUUCCCUAAAUUUAUUGGACAGCUCUUCAAUGAUGUAGCUCGAGAUCUGUCUGUUAAAUACCUUAUUAGUGGACCUGGUGUGGACGAGAAUCCAGAGAUUGGCUUGUUUUCUAUUGAGGACGAUGCCAAUGGAAAUGUAUAUGUGCACCGUUGUAUUGAUCGAGAAAAAACACCCUCUUUCACGAUACACUUUGAUGUCGCAAAUAGAGAGACUGGGGAAAUAGUGGAUAGAUCUCUCCUCUUCAACGUUAAAAUCAAGGAUAUAAAUGAUAAUGCACCUGAGUUUCCCAAAAAGGAAUAUAAUAUCACUAUGACAGAAAAACAGAGCAGAGAUGCCCCUUUUUCUAUUUUCAAGUACCACCUGGAUGUUCCAGAAGGCAAAACAGAACACGAUAUCUUACGCCUCCCUGUGGAAGAUAAAGAUUCCCCCAACACAACUGCCUGGAUAGCCAAGUAUAGGAUCGUGAAAGGAAAUGAAAAUGGGAACUUCUUCAUUGAGACAGACCCUAAGAGCAACGAAGGGGUGCUAAGCAUUGUAAAGCCUUUGAUCUAUGAUGGCCUCCCUGGGAAGAACCUUGUGAUUUCGGUGGAGAAUGAAGAGGAUUUUUUCCUUUGUGAAGGAGGUUUGGCAAAGACUGCUCCUCCUCCCGCAGCCUCCAAGGCACGGGUGAACAUUAAUGUGAUUGACAAAAACGAUGCCCCCCAGUUUAAUCCUUCAGUCCUUGUUCUUCAGCAAGAGGAGGGGGUCAAACCGGGGGUCAGGAUCGGACAAUAUAUAGCUAAAGAUCCAGACACAUCUCGCCACGUUGUAAGAUAUAAAAUAGCUUCUGACCCUGAUGGCUGGGUGACUAUUGACGAAAACUCUGGGACAGUGUUGACGGCAAAAACACUUGAUAGAGAAUCUCCUCAUACAAACAACAACAUCUAUACCGUUGUGGUUCAUGCCAUUGAUGAUGGUGUUCCACCACUAACUGGUACAGGCACCAUUCACAUUUACCUGAAUGAUCUUAAUGACAAUGCUCCAGCUUUGGUUACCCCGCCUUUGUUAGUCUGUGAUGGAGACAUGGGCCCUUUCCUUGUAGAAGCAGAGGACAAAGAUUCUCAUCCUUAUGCAGGACCCUUUACAUUCCAGAUACCAGAGAACUCAGGGAAUGUGCAGAAUUUUUGGAAACUGGGAACAAAUUUUGAUGAUUCAGUGGAGCUCUUCAUGUUGGAAAGCCUGCCACCCGGCAAUUAUUCCCUGCCUCUCCAUAUUUCAGACAAGCAGGGUUUUUUCAAGGAGCAGAACCUGCAUGUCAGGGUGUGCUCCUGUCAGGACGGCAUAUGCGAAGAGAAGUCUGGACUGGCCUCUGCGUCUGUUAGCCUUGGAGGAGGAGCUAUUGGGGUGAUCGUGGCUGCGUUCCUCUUAUUGAUAUUGGGUCUGGCUCUUCUGCUAUGGUGUUCCGUUGCUUCAAAAACAGAGAAAGGCCACCCUUUCAUCCCAUUUGAAACAGGAAAUCAGUCUCUGAUCCAGUACAACGAGGAGAGCAAGCAUGUUUUGUCGCAGGAUGUGCCUGAUGUGAAGAUUGAUACAACAUCGCCUCCAGAGUAUGCACAAGUUUCAAAAGAAAAAACCCAAACUGUGAAGGAUACCCUCGGAGUGAACCGGGCAAAACCUCUCGAGAUAAGCAACCCUCCUAAUGGAAUGAUAGGGUCACCACUAACUGCUCAAGAAGACUUCCAAACUGCCUCUGCCUGGGAUCAGCAGGCGACCUUGCGUCCUCAAAGCAACAAGAUGCACUGGGUGAUGCCACGCGACCAGAUUGUGGAAACAGUGGGUGGGCUCUUAAAUCAGAAAUGCGAACACAUCAGCUACCUAGAGGACACACUGGUUUCUUACUCACCUCGUGUGUUUGCAGAGGAAGGUCCCUUGGAGAAAUCGGGAUCUAUUUGGUCCCUACAUAUUGUAGAUGACGACGACAGUCUACCUCCAGAUUUCUUGGACACGUUGGGACCCCGAUUUGCUAUGCUUGGCAGAAUAUGCAGCAAGUGACGGACUAUAUUGUUCAUGUGUGUGCAGCCAAGAAUAUACCUUGAUGCAGAAUGACUAGUUAAGUAACGAUGCACUGAUUUCUGCAGUUGCAGAAAAAGGAGGAGAAGAGAUCCUCAGUUCCCACUUCCGUUGUCUUGGUAACAAAAGUGGAUGAGUUCUGGUUCUACGGCCCAGGCCCAAAUAAUUUCAUAACAGGGAAAUGGAAUUCUACCUUGUAGUGCAAAAACAAGCCUUUUGGUGGGGAAUCGGAUUUACGCUUUUGGUUCAGCUUGAAAACCAAGCUUGAAUGGUCUCUUGGUUUGGAUGUGCAGUUGCAGCUUCUUUAAAGCAGAGCAUGAGGGGAAAACUUUUUGUUUGUUUGUUUGUUUAGAUUACGACUCCCAAAAAGUAAGAACUAAGAUUCAGGUUCUGGAAGGUGUUGCUUUACAAAUAAACUCUUCCAAGCUCUACUCUUAGAAGGUGGAGUUCUGUCUAUGUAAAAGUGCCUGUAACAUGUUAAGGUUUUUUUUUUACUCUCACAGGGGAACAUGUUGGCUUUUUUUAACCCGGAAGAUUUUUAGCAAGGUUUUUUCUAUGAACUGCUGG